ACCCAUCAUACUCAGUAUAUCAUAUCAUGUCUAAACUGAGCAUCAUCUUGUCAGCGCGUUUCCAGCCGGGGAGGAGAACACUUUGGCACUGCUUUGAGUGUAAGAGUCUGCUGUGAUGGGGGAGAGAGGGCUGCUCAUCCUUCUGCUUGCAGGGUUUUGUGUGCCCGCUUACAACCAUAUCAUUAAACACGUGUUUGUGAAUACUCUGAAGAGCUGGUCUGCAGCUCAGAGCUACUGUAGAAAGAAUCACACAGACCUGGCCACUGUGCACAGCCAGGAAGAAGCACAGCAGCUCUUAAAUAUUGCAGGAGCUUCUCUCAAUGCUUCUGCCUGGAUCGGGCUGUAUCGUGAUGACACACAGAACUGGCAGUGGUCUCACAGUGAUAAUGUCAUCUAUAACAACUGGACAGCAAGCCUCUUCUGUGCUUCAGUCAAUUCAAAGGGAAAGUGGAUGGAUUUACCCUGCCACCUUCAGAACGCUUUCAUGUGCUACAAUGAGACCAGCAACAUCACUGAGAGAUACACCCUGAUUGAAGUUCUGAAAACCUGGACUGAAGCUCAGCAGUACUGUAGAGAAAACCACACCGACCUCGUCAGUAUAAAGAACGCCAGUGAAAAUGAAAACCUAGUGAAGAAAGCACAGGGCAAGCCCUUCUGGAUAGGCCUGUUCAAUGAGCCCUGGAAGUGGUCACACCAGGGGGAUAGCUACACAUUUCACAACUGGAGCAAUAAACAACCAAACAAUUUUGAUAACAAACAGAAAUGUGUGGCGAUGAAGAAUAGUGGUGAAUGGAAUGACCUUAAUUGCAAAGCGCAGUACCCUUUCUUCUGCUGUGAGGGCGGCUCCUCUGGUCAGUGUUUCUAUGAAGGAACUAAGAAGACAUGGCUGGAAGCUCAGAGCUACUGCAGAAACCAAGGCAGAGACCUGCCCACCAUACAAGACCAAGCCAGGGUUAAUAAGCUUGUAGGUCUUACACGUACAACAAAUAACACAGAUUUCUGGAUCGGGCUGUAUCAUGACAAAGAGAACUGGCAGUGGUCCAGCGGAGAUGACGUCAUCUACUCCAACUGGGAUCCAUACCUCUACUGUGCUUCAGUCAAUUCUGAUGGAGAGUGGGAGGAUUCAGUCUGCAGUGAGAAGAAAGCUUUCAUGUGCUACAGUGGUGAGUUGAGAUUCAAUUCCUUUGUUAAUGAAACAGCUGACUGGACUGGGGGUUGA